AUGGCCUUCAGCUGGAUUCUUUGUUUGUUGGCAGUGUAUCUGAUUGAAUCGAAAAAAAUCUUGCAAAAGCUAAGCAAAGAAGAAAUAAAUACACUGCUUGAUCGAUGUCGAACUAAUAUUUUUGAAGAACGUGAAAGAUUUGUUCGAUCCACAACAAAAUAUGAGCGAAAUGUACCAUCCAUCACACUAAUGGGUGGCGAAAACGUGAAGCAAAAUGAAGCUCCGUUUUCCAUCUAUUUGCACUAUUCUAAAUACGAUGUUACUGCCAAUUGCGCGGGUACACUGAUAACAGAUCGACACAUUCUGACUGCUGCGCACUGUUUCAUUCUUAAAAAUUGUGAAACAGGAUCUGUGCUGACUUUCUUGAGCAGCGAAUACUGGAAGGUAUUUUAUGGUGGUGGAUGCUUACCUAUCGCUAAGGCAACUUGUGCGAAAUUCCAAAAAAUGGCUCGAGCGGUACAUGUGAAAAGUAUAUCAAUUCCACAGGAAUAUCUCUCGAGCCCUUGUUUCCAUAAUGACAUCGCUAUUGUGACUGUGAAUUAUAAAAUGAUACUACUACAAGAUGCUGCGUGUGUUGCGAAGCCUCUAGAACAACUCCCAAAUCAAUUCGUACUUUACUCUCGAGGAUCAAAUCCAAAAAUUAUGGAAAAAAUCACAUCUCUGAUGACAAUCAACGUGUCACGAAUUGACUGCGAAAAAGAUGAACUAAGCAGUGAUGUGAAGGCAGAUCAGAUAUGCACGUCGGAAAUGUCAGAGAUGAAUAUGUGCGCGGGCGAUAGUGGCUCAGGACUGAUGUUCAAGAAUAGUAAUAAAACUUGGACAGUUGCUGGAGUUGCCUCUGCUGGAACAGAUUGCAAUAUCAUCGAUAUUACUAUGCAGCAGCGAAAAGGUUCGCAAAAAUUGAGAGAACCCUAG